CUCUCUGAGUAAAUGUUUGACACUCUAACCUUCUAAAAUUCAAUCAGUCUCAAUUUCAACCUGUCAUCUUUCUCCAAUUGCCUUCAGAAUACCACCAUGUCCCCUUCCGCAACCGAUACUCUGGAGGGCGUGGAUCCCACCAUCCUCACUCUGCGCAAGGUCCUCACAUCCGAAUCGGAGCCGCUCGCUCGCCGAUUCCGUGCCUUGUUCUCCUUGAAGCACCUUGCGUGCCUGCAGCCGCCUACCGAGAAGACGCUGCCCGCGAUUCAGGCUAUUGCUGCUGCUUUUACUUCACCAUCCGCCUUGCUGAAACAUGAACUUGCAUACUGCUUGGGCCAGACCCGGAAUCCAGAGUCUGUGCCGUUCCUACAACAAGUCGCGAAGGACACGGAGCAAGAUACGAUGUGCCGUCAUGAAGCCGCAGAGGCUCUGGGCGCUUUGGGCUACGAGGACAGCUUGGAGAUCUUGAAGGCUCUUAGAGACGAUCAGAAUGAGCCCGACGUUAUCAGAGAGACCUGCGAUAUCGCAGUGGACAGAAUCCUGUGGGAAAAUUCAGAGGCAAGAAAAGCUGAGAAAUUAAAGACAAGUGAUUUUACCUCGAUCGACCCCGCUCCACCACUUCCAAUGGCGGCCAGUGAACCUUCCAUUCCUGAAAUAGAGAAGACUCUACUCGACACAAGUCUACCAUUGUUUCAGAGAUACCGUGCGAUGUUCGCCUUGCGCGACCUCGCUUCUCCUCCCGAUCUUCCCACAGCGACUCGCGCUGUUGAGGCGCUGGCCAAGGGCCUCAAAGAUCCGUCUGCACUUUUCCGCCAUGAGAUUGCGUUCGUCUUUGGUCAACUCUGCCACCCUGCGUCAAUUCCAAGCCUCACUGAAGCGCUUAGCAACCAAAGCGAGGCCGGUAUGGUGCGACACGAAGCGGCUGAGGCUCUAGGAAGCUUGGGCGACUGUGAGGGUGUCGAGGAGACGCUAAGGAAAUUCUUGAACGACCCGGAGCAGGUGGUAAGAGACAGUGUCAUUGUGGCUCUCGAUAUGGCGGAGUAUGAAAAGAAUGGCGAAGUGGAAUAUGCUUUGGUGCCUGAUGCUGGCGUUGCUGCUGCAUGAAUGAUCCGGUGUAGAAGGUAUAGCUUUACAAUAUCGGUAUUGCGCUUGAUUCGUUGCUCCCAUAGACGUACAAUCAUAAUCUUGAAUGAAUACUUCUUCGAUCUCCUAGUUGUUUGUGGUUUCCUUGUAACCGCAAACACAGGUGUAGAACACUGUACUUCCUUCAUCUGCACUGCGCAAUUGCA